GUUCAUAGGUAAACAGAAUUAGUCACUGCCAAGAUGAGGCUGAAACCUGGAUGUUUUCUGCAGUUUCUGUAUUUAGAUAAAAUACACUGUUUAUUAUCAGUGAGAAAUGCUAGGGCACUUGCAGAAUAUUUCCAACUCCUAGAUGUUCAUAAAAAGAAUACUUUGAAUGACCUGCAGCUUUAUCACUUUCUCCGUUAUGUGACUGACCUGACAAAGAAGCAGAUCAUGCUGGUGUUUGAUUUGCUAGACUGGAAUGCCACAGGGGAGAUUGGCUUUGAUGAGUUCUACAUGCUGGUGUGCAUCCUGAUGUCUCACGAGAACCACCUGGAAAAGCAGUUCAUUUAUCAACACUCUGGGCCUGUGUUUGAGCUGCUGGAUAUGGAUGGAAGACACACAGUUGGCCCUAGGGAGUUCCAAGCCACUAGGUUCCUUUUUAACAUCAAGAAGCAAGAGCUUGAAAAGAUAUUCAAGGACUUUGAUGUUUCUGGAGAUGAGCAACUGAACUACAAGGAGUUCAAGAUGUUUACAAUCUUCUGCAUUGAUAGACAACAGAAAAAGGAGAAGGAGAAAAAGAAGAGGUUGAAUGAAGAGAUUCCAGAAUCAUCUGGGGCAGGCCUUACUGAGAUCAGCAUGGAUCAACUACACUUAUCCCAUCUCAGAUACCGCAUGCAAGUGCAUCAUCGGGUCUGAAGUCAUCCCAUGUGGAAUAGCUGAUGCAGCUUGGACUUCAGGGCAGGCACAUUCCUCAUAUUUCACCCCAAGCCAGUUGCUGAUAUUCAUGUCAACCCUCCCUGCCAUACCGCAUUGCUCAAGUAUUUUAGGAUAGCAACCCUGCUCCACCCUCCAUGUACAUUACAUCUCGCUUGAGACAGAGCAAUUUUCCCAAUACAACCAUUUUAUCACCUUUGAAGAGACCGAUGAAAUAAAGUUUAACAUAAAACCCA